AUGGCCUCCACUCUGUCUUUCAACAUCUACAAGACUGCCCUGCUCUUUGCCGCCUUCCUCGGGGCCGCAAAGGCACAGCAAGUCGGCACAAAUACUGCUGAAGUCCAUCCAUCGUUGACUUGGCAAAAGUGUACCACCGGAGGCAGCUGCACUUCGCAAUCCGGCAAGGUCGUCGUUGAUGCAAACUGGCGCUGGCUCCACAGCAACACCGGCUACACCAAUUGCUAUACCGGCAAUACGUGGGAUGCUACCCUCUGCCCAGACGAUGUGACCUGUGCCACCAACUGCGCUCUCGAUGGUGCCGACUACUCGGGCACUUAUGGUGUGACAGCUAGCGGCAGCUCAUUGCGCUUGAACUUCGUCACUACAGCAUCCCAGAAAAAUAUUGGCUCGCGUCUCUACCUUAUGGAGAAUGAUACCAAGUAUCAAAUGUUCCAGUUGCUCAACCAGGAAUUCACCUUCGAUGUCGAUGUUUCGAACCUUCCAUGCGGCCUCAAUGGCGCCUUGUACUUUGUGUCCAUGGACUCUGACGGAGGAAUGGCCAAGUAUCCUGCAAACAAAGCCGGUGCCAAGUACGGUACUGGCUACUGCGAUUCGCAAUGCCCGCGUGAUCUCAAAUUUAUCAAUGGGCAGGCUAAUGUGGAAGGAUGGGUGCCUUCCUCUAAUGACGCCAACGCCGGUACUGGCAACCACGGGUCUUGCUGCGCCGAGAUGGAUAUCUGGGAGGCCAACUCGAUCUCCAAUGCGGUUACUCCUCAUCCCUGUGACACCCCAACCCAAGUCAUGUGCACUGGAGAUGCCUGUGGAGGCACAUACAGCUCUGACCGCUACGGCGGUACUUGUGACCCUGAUGGAUGCGAUUUCAACCCAUACCGCCAGGGCAAUCAAUCCUUCUACGGACCGAGCAAGAUUGUGGAUACCAAAUCUCCAUUUACAGUGGUGACUCAAUUUAUUACCAAUGACGGCACCUCUACAGGUACUCUAUCAGAAAUCAAGCGCUUCUACGUUCAAAACGGCAAGGUCAUCCCCCAGUCAGUAUCCACUAUCAGCGGUGUGAGCGGUAAUUCUAUUACCGAUUCCUACUGCUCCGCCCAGAAGAAAGCCUUCGGUGAUACAGACGUCUUCACCAAGCACGGAGGCAUGGCAGGCAUGAGCGCCGGUCUUGAUGAGGGCAUGGUCCUUGUUAUGAGUCUCUGGGAUGACCACAACUCCAACAUGCUCUGGCUGGACAGCACCUACCCCACGACUGCCAGCUCGACUACACCCGGUGCUGCUCGUGGUAGCUGUGAUAUCUCCUCUGGUGAACCGACUGAUGUUGAAACUAACGAUGCUAAUGCCUACGUCAUCUACUCGAACAUCAAAGUCGGCCCUCUCGGCUCCACAUUCAGCUCAGCCAGCUCUGGUUCUGGCACUACAACCACCACUACCACCAAGGCUACUACUACGACCACUACUAAGGCCACUACUACCACUACCAAGGCUACUACUACCACCACUACUGGAUCUACCACAACUGGGGCUGCCCACUAUGCGCAAUGCGGUGGAUCUAGCUGGACUGGUGCCACCACUUGUGCCAGCCCGUACACCUGCCAGAAGCAGAAUGACUUCUAUUCCCAGUGCCUGUAG